GGGGUGGACUCCUAAAUAGUCAUUAGCCGAGGACUAUAAAAGCCCCUCAGCCUCGGGCUAGCGGGAGAACUGAUCUACUUCAGGAUCAUCAUCGGCGAAGCAGCACCACUCCCUCGUCCGGAUCCCGUGCUGUAGCGGCGAAGCAUGGAGAGCGCAUACAUAUGCUGCUGCCCUUCACUUCAGGGGUUUAGCUCCAGGAGAUGCUCCAAAGGACAACACGGGGCUGAGGAAUUCUGGAGGCCUUGGAUCCCUACCCAAAGAGAUGCAGAGAGACAGCUGAGAAGAAAUCAAAGUGUGCUGUAUAGUCCAUAUGGGAUGACAGAAGCCUCAGGAAAACUUACCCAAUAUACACAUCCAGUUAGACUAUUUUGGCCCAAGUCAAGGUGCUUUGAUUACUUAUAUCGAGAAGCUGAAGCACUUCUGAAAAACUUCCCGGUUCAAGCCACAAUUUCCUUUUAUGAAGACUCAGAUAGUGAAGAUGAUAAUGCUGAACUGGAGCAAGAUUCGGGAAUAGAAUCUGAUUGCUAACUAUAUGGAGUGCUAAUACCACCUCUAAAACUUUUUAAUUUAAACUUGAUGUAAAAAUGUAUCAUAGUAUUUUUAAAGAUAAUUUAUUUGAAUGUAAGUUAUUGGUAAUAAAACUGAAAUAUUUUGUACAUGCUAUAGUACAUUUGUCUGCCUUUUCUAGUCUAAGGAUUGUUUUUGCUUUUAGGGGAGAAAAGGUACAAAUUUGAAUUUCUUAAAACAGCUGAAUAAUUUAUUAUUCUCAUGAAGCCUGACACAUUUAAUAUAUUAGAGUUCUAGCUCCUAUACUUUGUAGCCCAUAACUAACACAUUCCCAAAUUGCAAUUUUAAAACAAGUUGCCUGAUUAUUCUUUCCUUUACACCAGUUUUAUGAUGAUGUGACUCUAUUGACUUCACUAGUGUAAAAAUGGUGCAACUGUGUGGAAAAACAGGCCCAGUAGAGUGGCUCCAUAAUGAAAAGUUUUCUUUAUAGCUUAAGUGAAGCAUAUCAAGUAAUUAAUCUGGAACAAAUAUUCUUAGUCCUGGUCUACGGGGGAGG